CUCGGAAAGUGGGUAAAGCUCAACUACCGAUCAGAUGUGGUCGCGGACAUGCCGGCUCGGUCGCCCGAAACACCGAGCCCCGGGCGGUAGCCAGAAGAGCAAGUGGCCAUUAGAUCUGAUAACCCUGUUAAAUGCUCUUCCGACAACGGCGCCGAAUCUGAUAAAACGGAGCACGCCCGGCAUAUGUUCAAUUAAACUUUGUGAAUAGAAAAGCCAGCUUUGCCCUCUUCCUCUUUCCUGCGUUGUUUUAUUCGGAUAAUCCAUAUGCUCAGAACCAUCAUGACAAGAUCGACACCAAAGAACGUGGUCGUUGUAGGAGGCUCGUACGUCGGUGUCGGCCUCGCGGAAAUGCUUGCAAAAGACUCCUCAGAUAAAUUCCGCGUACUGCUCAUCGAGAAGAACAGCCACUUCCAGCAUCUCUUCGCGUUCCCGCGGUUCGCAGUCACCACCAGCAUCGACACCCACAAGGCCUUCAUCCCGUAUCAAAAGAGCAGACUAGGCCAGGCCGGCGCCAUCAUCCAGGCCAAAGCACUGAGCCUGAGCGCAGACUCCAUCACACUAGACCGUGAAGUCGAGCUCGAUGGACAGACAACAAACAUAAUCCCCUUUGCCGCCUUGGCAAUCACCACCGGCACCAAGCUCAGUGCGCCCAGCACCCUCCCCGGCAGCGAGAAGCUCGACGGCACAUCCUACCUUCGCAAACACGCCGCGCGCGUUGAGGCCAGCAACCAAAUCGCCAUCAUCGGCGGCGGUGCCGUUGGCGUCCAAACAGCAACCGAUAUCAAACAGCUCUUCCCCGCCAAAUCCGUCACCCUGAUCCACUCGCGCCCCCAGCUUAUGCCCGUCUACCACCCUGGCCUGCACAGCAUCAUCAUGGAGCGCCUGGCCGAGCUCGGCGUAAAAACCGUCUUGGGUCGGGGCCGCGUCACGCUCCCCGCAGAGGGCUACCCGUCCUCUGGGACCUUCACCGUCGACAUCGCAGACGGCACGCGUGUGCCCGCUGACAUGGCCAUCAUCUCGACGGGCCAGACGCCGCAGUCGGAGCUGCUCGCGGCGCUGGCGCCGGACUGCAUUGACGACGCACGGUUCAUCCGCGUGCGGCCGACGCUGCAGGUUGCGAAUGCGCGGCUGCCGAAUGUGUUUGCGUUGGGCGACGUGGCGGCGACGAAGGCGCACAAGGCGGCCCGCCCGGCUCAGGCGCAGAUUGCGGUUGUCGCGGCGAAUGUAAGGCGGCUGCUAGAUGGUGGGGCCGAGCCGCUGGAGGAGUAUGUGGUGCGUGACCCGCCGGCGAUUCAUCUCACGCUGGGGAUUGAGAGGAGUGUGAUCUUCCGGAAUCCGACGAAGGAUGGGAGGGAGGGGAGCGAGGCGCCGGUUGUGAUGCAUAAGGAUGAUGGACGGCUGGAUAUGGGGAUUGAGGGCAUGUGGGCGAGGAGGGGAGCGGAUAUUACGCAGUCUCUGCUAUAAGCUUUGUUGUGGGGGUUUGCCGGUUGUGGCAUGAAGAGACGUAGCUUGGAUAACUGCACCUUCAAGAGCUGCAGCUCGAGAACAAGAGAAGACAUGCGGACAGUUUUGACGUUGGAUACCCGUGGAGAGUUAGAAUUGGGGAGCAGACGAGACGAUACUUGACCUUCAAAGACGAGAGAAUUUGCAAAAGAGGCAUAUAAUGCUGCUCAAAUGUCCUGUGCAUCGAUAGGAUGAGAGAUAUGCCAUG